UUUCUUGGUGGGUUGGGGGAGGGUGGUCUAGGAAUUAGGAGAUUCCCGUGUACGAAACAAGGUUGUGCCACAGGCUGGGGCUCGUGUCUGUGUGAAUGACGAUUACCUCCUCCUCCUCCGUUUCCCACUACGUUGGCGUCACGACACCAGACCAUAGGCUGGGGAAGAGAAGUGGCGAUGUGGAAACACGUGUGCGAUUCGCUCCCUUAACAAAUGGAAGGUCUGGCUAGCCCAGCUGUCUGAGCUCACCGCCGAGAGCAAGUUUGGCCCGUUUCUGUGAGUGUAACUUUCCAGAUAUUCGGAGCGCUAAAUCUAUUGCAUACUUUAAACUAGGCUGCCUACUUGGAAAGGGAUACCGGUUUCGUCUGAUAGCUACCCAAGCUGGUUGGUUUCCUUGCUAGCUUAGACAAGGGACGAAGACCUCUCUGAAGACGACACGACACUUGCUCGUACACAGGAUGCUAAGGUUGGUGGCAAUAUAAGGAACUGUUUGUAACGAACUGGAGAGCUGUCUUCUCAGCUUCCCUUAAUGGAUGACUUGUGGUUCCGUGUCCUGUGAACCUUUCAGCCGAGAGCAGCGAGAAGCCAGCAGGAGUCCGGCGUGGGGGGGGGAUCUGGGAAGGUCUUUUUUUUUGCGUGAGCUUGCGCAAUGACUGACCCCAUGAUGGACUUCUUCGACGACCCCAACUUGUUUGGGGGCGGGCUCGAGGCGCUCUCGGACGAGAGCUUCGCCUCGGGCCCUGUGUCCCUGGUGGACGAGCUGAACCUGAGCGCGGAGUUCGAGCCCCUGCAGGUGGAGCCCCUGGGCAUGGCGAAACACCCCGGCCUGGGCCCCGCCACCUCCCAGCAGGGCCUGACCUUCGAGCAGCAGAUCAGCCAUUUCGAGGCCAUGAAGACCCCUCAUCCAAUCGGACAGCCUUUCCCCGCCUCCGAGGGCGGGGCCAUCGGCGGCGGCGGCGGCGGAGGCGUGCUGUCCCAGCAUGCCCAGUUCCACAGCUCCCCUGCCCAGCAGGCGCCCCAGUCCAACGGGCUCUUCCCCGACAGCAGCCCCAUGUGGGGCAACCAGGACCAGAACGGCAAUUCCUUUCACCAGCUGCCGCCGCCGCCGCCGCAGCAGCCCGGCCAGCACCAUCAGCACCUUAACCAGCACCACCACCGGCCCCACCACCUGCAGCAGCAGCAGCCCCCGCCGCACGUGGGCCCCCAGCCCCAGGCCCUGCACCCGCACAGCAAGGCCUUUCCGGAGCACCACGAGUUUGACUUUUACCAGGGGAACCUGGCGCCCAAGCAGCAGCUCCAGCAGCAGCAGCGGCAGCCCAGCCCCCACGGCCUGCCCCGUUCCCUGCCGCUGACCGCUGGAGGGAGCCUCAAUGGCAGCCCUUUCCACCAAGGUGGAGCCGCUAACACCAUGGCCCAGCCCCCCAAGGCCUAUCUGGACGCCCACAGCCACACCGCCUCCUUUCCGGGUGGCUCCCAGCAGCAGCAGCAGCAGCAGCAGGGCCGGAUGCUGAGCUGUCAGGGGGCUCAGAAGUUCCCCGGUCCCGCGGAGGACGUGACCGUUUUGCCGUUUUCCCGCUCCCCGGCGCUGUCCUCCUGCUCCGUCACCUCCGGCGCCGCCUACCCUCCGCCCCAGUACUCCUUCCCGGGACAGCCGGCGAUGGGCACCGGCGACCCCCGAACUCCGGCCCCGGCGCCCCCCGGUCCCGCCAAGGCCUCCGCCCUGCACGCACCCACCAUCCCGGACUUCUCGGGGGCGGGCGACGCCUUCUCGCUGCUCCCCGCGUUGGGCCAGCCGCAGGAGCAGCAGGGGCCCGGGGGCCAGGCGGGGAAGUGCCCGUUCCAGGCCCUGCACCACCCCAGGCCAGCUCAGGGAACCUACAGCAGCCCCGCCAUCUUCUCCCCGGACAUGGGCUGCUACUCCGGAGCUGUGAGCCAGCACCCCUCUGCCCAGCAGGGCGUCUGCCAGACGGCCGCCGCUCCGCCGGUAACCGCCGGCAACGGCUACCCGGCCCUGGACGAGAACCUCCUGCAGCAAGUGGGAGGUCACGGCGGGGCGUUCGGGGAGCUGGAGGCCCCCGACCUCCUGGGGGACGACCUGCUGCCUCAGCUGGAGGCCGCCCUGAGCCAGGGGACCCCCCUGGAUCACCGGGACGACUCCAACUGCUCCUGGGCCAACGGCGACCAGGACGAGGACAGCUCCUUCUCUGUGACCUACGAGGCACAGCAGCCCCGUAAGAACACUAAUGGUUCCAGCAGCCACCCACGGGUCCUCAGCCCUACCAUGAAGAGCAGCUCGUCUUCCUCCUCGUCCUCCUCCUCCUCGUCCUCCUCCUCCUCCUCCUCAGAGAGGAGGCUGCAGAGGAAGCAGCUGAUGGAGCCGCUGCUGGAGGACAAGCAGGAGAAGGCCAACCGCAUCAUCUCGGAGGCCAUCGCCAAGGCGCGGCAGCGCGGGGAGCAGAACAUCCCGCGGGUCAUGAGCCCCGAGAGCUUCCCCAGCUCCUCCGAGCGCCGCGGCCGCCGCGGCAACAAGGCCCGCCAAGGCAAGGGCAAGGCCUCCAAGAAGGCCAGGAUCGUGGCCUCCAAGCAGCCCAAACAGAAGCCCAAGAUCGGGAAAAUCGUCAUCAAGCUGGGCAAGAGGAGGAAGCGGAAGAACGAGUCUUCUGAGGAGCCGUCGGACGACGAGCCGCCGCCUCGCCGGUCCUCCAGAGAGGACGAUUCGAAGAGAAGAUCCAACCGGCAGGUGAAGAGGAAGAAGUACGUGGAGGAUGGGGAGUCCCGGGUGUCGGACGAGGAGGCGCGGGUGAUCGUCAAGGCGAAGAAGCCCAAGAGCGCCCCCGGCCGCAAGGGCCCGUCCGCUCAGCUGUUUGUGGAGAACCCCAGUGAGGAAGAUGCUGCCGUCGUUGAUAAAAUCAUGGCGUCUCGUGUGCUGAAGAACGAGGUCUCUCCUGGAGUCGUGGUUGAAGUGGAGGAGUUCUUCGUGAAAUACAAAAACUACUCCUACCUGCACUGUGAGUGGGCCACUGAGCAGCGUCUGGUGAGGGACAAGAGGAUCCAGCAGAAGAUCAAACGCUUCAAGAUCAAACAGGCGCAGAGGGCGCACUUCUUCGCCGACAUAGAGGAGGAUCCCUUUAACCCUGAUUAUGUGGAGGUGGACAGAGUUCUGGAAGUGUCAUGCUGUGAAGACAAGGACUCUGGAGAGCCGGUGGUGUAUUACCUGGUGAAGUGGUGCUCCCUGCCCUACGAGGACAGCACUUGGGAGCUGAAGGAGGAUGUGGACCAGCUGAAGGUGGAGGAGUUUGAGCAGUUGCAGGCCAUCCGGCCCGACCUGCGCAGAGUGGAGCGACCCCCAGCCAGCCACUGGAAGAAGAGGGAGCAUUCCCGGGAAUACUGCAACGGCAACAGCCUCAGGGACUACCAGCUGGAGGGAGUCAACUGGCUGCUCUUCAACUGGUAUAACAGACGGAACUGCAUCCUGGCUGAUGAGAUGGGCCUGGGAAAAACCAUCCAGUCCAUCACCUUCCUGGAGGAGAUCCACCGGACGGGGGUCCGCGGGCCCUUCCUCAUCAUCGCCCCGCUCUCCACCAUCGCCAACUGGGAGCGGGAGUUCCGCACCUGGACGCAGCCCAACGUCAUCGUGUACCACGGCAGCGGGGUCAGCCGCCAGAUGCUGCAGCAGUACGAGAUGUACUUCAGAGACACACAGGGACGCCCGAUCCACGGCGCCUACAAGUUCCAGGCCGUCAUCACCACCUUCGAGAUGAUCCUGGGCGGCUGCCCCGAGCUGAACGCCAUCGAGUGGCGCUGCGUGAUCAUCGACGAGGCGCACCGCCUCAAGAACAAGAACUGCAAGCUGCUGGAGGGCUUCAAGCUGAUGAGCCUGGAGCACAAGGUGCUGCUGACAGGCACUCCCCUGCAGAACACGGUGGAGGAGCUCUUCAGCCUGCUGCACUUCCUGGAGCCAUCCCGCUUCCCCUCGGAGAACACCUUCCUCCAGGAGUUUGGGGACCUGAAGACCGAGGAGCAGGUCCAGAAGCUCCAGGCCAUACUGAAGCCCAUGAUGCUCAGGAGGCUGAAGGAGGACGUGGAGAAGAAGCUGGCCCCCAAAGAGGAGACUAUCGUGGAGGUGGAGCUCACCAACAUCCAGAAGAAGUACUACCGCGCCAUCCUGGAGAAGAACUUCUCCUUCCUGGCCAAGGGAGCGGGCCAGGCCAACGUGCCCAACCUGGUCAACACCAUGAUGGAGCUGCGCAAGUGCUGUAACCACCCCUACCUCAUCAAAGGGGCUGAGGAGAAGAUCCUGGAGGACUUUCGGGAGGUGUACAGCCCGAGCGCCCUGGACUUCCACCUGCAGGCCAUGGUGCAGUCCGCGGGCAAGCUGGUCCUCAUCGACAAGCUGCUGCCCAAGAUGAAGGCCGGGGGCCACAAGGUGCUCAUCUUCUCCCAGAUGGUGCGCUGCCUGGACAUCCUGGAGGACUUCCUCAUUCAGAGAAGGUACCUCUAUGAGAGGAUUGACGGGCGCGUGCGGGGCAACCUGCGCCAGGCCGCCAUCGACCGCUUCAGCAAGCCGGACUCGGACCGCUUCGUCUUCCUGCUGUGCACGCGGGCGGGGGGGCUGGGCAUCAACCUGACCGCCGCCGACACCUGCAUCAUCUUCGACUCGGACUGGAACCCGCAGAACGACCUGCAGGCCCAGGCUCGCUGCCACCGGAUUGGCCAGGACAAGGCGGUGAAGGUGUACCGGCUGAUCACGCGGAACUCGUACGAGCGGGAGAUGUUCGACCGCGCCAGCCUGAAGCUGGGCCUGGACAAGGCCGUGCUGCAGAGCAUGAGCGGGCGGGAGAGCAGCACGGGCGGGAUCCAGCAGCAGCUCUCCAAGAAGGAGAUCGAGGACCUGCUGCGCAAGGGGGCCUACGGCGCCAUCAUGGACGAGGAGGACGAAGGCUCCAAGUUCUGCGAGGAAGACAUCGACCAGAUCCUGCAGCGCCGCACCAAGACCAUCACCAUCGAGUCCGAGGGCAGGGGCUCCACCUUCGCCAAGGCCAGUUUUGUGUCGUCUGGAAACAGGACGGACAUCUCGCUGGACGACCCCAACUUCUGGGACAAGUGGGCCAAGAAAGCAGAGAUCGACGUGGCAACAGUCAAUGGCAGAAACAGCCUGGUCAUCGACACCCCACGGGUCCGCAAGCAGACGCGCCCCUUCAGCGCCACCAAAGACGAGCUGGCCGAGCUGUCGGAGGGCGAGAGCGACGGCGGCGGGGACAAGCCCAAACUGCGCCGCCCGCACGAUCGCCUCAGCGGCUACGGACGCACCGAGUGCUUCCGCGUGGAGAAGAACCUGCUGGUGUACGGGUGGGGCCGGUGGAAGGACAUCCUGCUGCACGGCCGGUUCAAGCGGCCGCUGAGCGAGCGCGAUGUGGAGAUGAUCUGCCGGGCCCUGCUGGCCUACUGCCUGGUGCAUUACCGUGGCGACGACAAGAUCAAGAGCUUCAUGUGGGACCUGAUCGCCCCUACAGAGGACGGCCGCACCCGGGAACUGCAGAACCACCUGGGUCUGUCCACCCCAGUCCCCCGGGGGAGGAAGGGGAAGAAGAUGAAGACUCAGGUGAGCUCCUUCGACAUCCACAAGGCCGAGUGGAUCAGGAAGCACAACCCUGAGCACCUCCUUCAGGACGACGGCUACAAGAAGCACCUCAAACACCACUGCAACAAGGUGCUGCUGCGGGUCAGAAUGCUCUACUACCUGAAACAGGAAGUGAUCGGAGACCAGUGCCAGAAUGUUCUAGGCGGUGCGGACUCCAGAGAGGUGGAGGUUUGGGUUCCUGAGCUGGACCACUCCGAGCUCCCGACCCUCUGGUGGGACGCACAGGCCGACAAGAGUCUCCUGCUGGGAGUGUACAAGCACGGCUAUGAGAAGUACAACACCAUCCGCGCGGACCCCGCCCUCUGCUUCCUAGAGCGCGUGGGACGUCCCGACGACAAGGCCAUCGCGGCCGAGCAGCGAGCCAACGACUUCAUGGACGGGGACGUGGACGAUCCAGAAUACAAGCCGGCCCCGGCUCUGCUGAAGGAUGAUAUGGAGGAUGACGCCUCCUCUCCAGGGGACCUGGUCAUAACGGACACUGCUGGAGACGGCGGGGUGGCGAUGGAGGGGGACGUGGCGUACUGGCCCCCCCCCUCCGCCCUGACGGCGCGGCUCCGGCGGCUGAUCACCGCCUCGCAGCGCUACACCAAGAGCCGCCAGAUCCAGCACAUCCACCAGACCCAGCAGGCCGUGCUGCCGCAGCCCUGCGCCGCCUCGCCCGCCCUCAACCACUCCCUCAGCCCCAAGAUGGCCGCCAAGAUGGAGCGGCAGCAGAGGUGGACCCGGCGAGAAGAGGCGGACUUCUACCGCGUGGUGUCCACGUUCGGCGUGGUGUUCGACCCCGAGCUGGGCCGCUUCGACUGGACCAAGUUCCGCGCCAUGGCCCGGCUGCACAAGAAGACGGACGAGAGUCUGCGCAAGUACCUGCGCACUUUUACCGCCAUGUGCAGACGAGUCUGCCGCCUGCCGCCCAGAGACGGGGACUCGGUGGACCCAUCCAUCUCCAUCCAGCCAAUCACGGAGGAGCGCGCGUCGCGGACGCUGUACCGCAUCGAGCUGCUGCGGAAGGUGCGGGAGCAGGUGCUGCGCCACGCCCAGCUGUACGAGCGGCUGGCGCUGUGCCAGGCGGGGCCGGACCUGCCCGUGUGGUGGGAGGCGGGCACGCACGACCGGGACCUGCUGAUCGGCGCUGCCAAGCACGGCGUGAGCCGCACGGACUACCACAUCCUGCGCGACCCCGAGCUCUGCUUCAUGAGCGCCCAGCGCAACUACAGCCACGCCAAGGGGGCCCCGCCCCGCCCGCACCCGCCCCCGCCCCUCCUGCAGCCCCACCACCAGGCCGCGCUGGCGGGCUCCCCCCUGGCCCGGCAGCCCGACGCCAGGGGCCCCCCCCGGGACGAGGAGCGCCGGACGCUGCCCAAAGAGGAGCCGGUUUCGGACGAGGAGGAGCUCGGGGACGGGAGGGCGCAGGCGGAGGGGUGGAGCCCCAGGACGGGCGCCAGGACCCCGCCGGGGCCGGACGGCAGACCCGGUCCCGGUAAGGGCCCCAGCGAGAAGCGCAUGGUGGCGGCGCGGACCAAGCCGCUCACGCCGAACUCCGCCACGCAGAAGCAGAGGAAGCCCCGCAAGAGGAGUCGCAAGGAGGCGCGCAGGGCCUCCGACUCCGACGGCUCCUCCUCCUCGUCCUCCUCCCGCUCGUCCUCCUCCUCCUCUUCCUCCUCAUCCUCCUCCUCCUGCUCCCGCUCGGGCUCCAGCUCCUCCUCAUCUUCCUCCUCCUGCUCGUCCGGAUCCUCGUCCUCCUCUUCCUCCUCUUCGUCCGAGGGCAGCGACAGCGAGGGCGAAGAACGAAAGAAAACUGCGACCGCGGUCCCCAGCGUGAAGGCCUUCGACGAGGACAGCGUGGCCUCCCUCAGCACCACGCAGGACGAGACGCAGGACAGCUACCUCACCGAGAACGGCCUGCCCAACUCGCACCACCCCUUCCAGGGAGGCUUCAUGCUCGCUGCCUCCUACUGGCCAAAGGACCGAGUCAUGAUCAACCGGCUGGACAGUAUCUGUCAGGCCGUCCUGAAGGGCCAGUGGCCGGGGGCGCGGCGUGCCUACGAGCCCAGUGUGGUGUCCUCCUUUUACACCACCAAGCUGCGGGACAGCCCCGGCGGGCCGGGGGACGCCCCGGGCCCCCCCGGCCCGGGAGAGGAGCCCCCUGCCUCUCCUCAGAUGUCAAAGGUGAAGAAGCAUGUUCCAGACAAGGAGUUUACAGUGAAAAUCAAUAACCAGGAAGGGGGUUUGAAGCUGACUUUCCAGAAGCAGGGCGUCCCGCAGAAGAGGUCGCUGGAGGGCGAGGAGGGCCCCCUGGGGCAGCCGCAGUACCUGGCCCGUCUGCAGGAGCUCCAGAGCGCCUCGGACGCCGCCGGCCUCGCCGAAUUCAGCCAGCCCCCCACCCCCGCCCCCGCCGCCGCCGUGGGCCAGGGGUUCCCAGGGCAUAUGAGGGUCAACGGGGUCAUGGACGGCCAGCCUGUGGUGAAGAAGAGACGGGGGAGGAGGAAGAACGUGGAGGGCAUGGACCUGCUGUUCAUGAACAAGACCCGAGUCCCUGUGACGCCGGAGCAGGUGCCCGCCGGGUGGAGUGGCAGUGCCAAGGCCAGCCCUGCCGCGGGCCCCACGCCGGGGUUCGGCCAGGGCCCGGGGCCCGUGGACACGGAGAGCAGGGUCCCCGUCAUCAACCUCAAAGACGGGACGCGGCUCGCCGGAGACGACGCCCCCAAGAGGAAAGACCUGGAACUGUGGCUGAGAGAGCACCCGGGCUUCGUGGCUGACGUUGGGGCCUUCAUCCCCGGGGUCAGCAAGGUCCCGUUUCCGGAAGUCCGGCCCAAGCAGAAGCGGCACCGCUGCAGAAACCCCAACAAGAUGGACGUGAACAGCCUGACGGGCGAGGAGAGGGUGCAGAUCAUCAACAGGAGGAACGCCCGGAAGGUGGGCGGUGCCUUCGCCCCCCCGCUGAAGGACCUGUGCCGCUUCCUGCAGGAGAACCCGGAGUACGGCGUGCCGCCGGAGUGGGCCGACGUGGUGAAGCAGUCGGGGUACCUGCCCGAGAGCAUGUUCGACCGCAUCCUGACCGGACCCAUCGUGCCCGAGGAGGUGUGCCGACGGGGGCGGCGUCCCAAGAGCACGCAGGCCAAGGCGGCGGCGGCAGCGGCGGCGGCGGCCAACGCAGGCUCCGCCCCCCUGGGCCUCAGCCCCCUGCUGGCCAAUGGGCUGCUGUCGGGCAUGGACCUGUCCAGCCUGCAGGCGCUGCAGCAGAACCUGCAGAGCCUCCAGUCCCUGCAGCUGACUGCCGGCCUCAUGGGGCUGCCCGGGGAUGCCGGCAGCCUGGCCGCCAUGUUUCCCAUGAUGCUCUCCGGCAUGGCCGGCCUUCCCAACCUGCUGGGCCUGAGCAGCCUGCUGGGGAAGGCCCAGGAGCCGGCCGGGGGCGCCGAGCGCAAGAGGAAGGGACCCCGCGGCAAGGGGGGGGACCGCUCGGCCCCCAGGGCCCCCAGGACCCCCGGCUCGGCCCCCAGGGCCCCCAGGACCCCCGGCUCGGCCCCCAGGGCCCCCAGGACCUCCGGCUCGGACCCCAGGGCCCCCAGGACCCCCAGGACCCCCGGCUCGGACCCCAAAGGCGAAAGGACAGAGGGCGAAAGCGCUGAGCCUCGCGUCGGCGACCCCCCCUCCUCCUCCUCCUCUUCCUCCUCCUCCAGCAUUCCACCAAGUGCUUCUGCCGCGGCCUCCUCGGGCUCCGCCCACCCGGGGGCUCUCAACCCCUUGCUGCUCUCCAGCAUGCUGUACCCAGGGAUGCUGCUGCAGCCCGGCCUCGACCUGCCCGUCUCCCCGCCGCCGCAGCCCGGCGCGUUCGACACGAACGCUGGCCCCGCCGCCCCGCCCGCCCCCCGCGUCACGCAGGAGCAGGGGCGGGGGGAGGCGGGGAGGAGGCGCGAGAAGGAGGAGUCCGGGAGCGAGUCCGCGGACCCCAAGGGGAACAGCGGCGCCGAAGGCUCGGACAAAGGGGAGUCCUCUUCGUCGGAGUCGGACAGCUCCUCUUCGUCGUCGUCGGACUCGGACUCCAGCGAUGAAGACUGAGCCCUGUGUAUUCACAGCACUUGCAUUGCGAUUUUUCCCUUAUUUGUAAAUAACAAAAUCAAAGUGUUGUGUAAUAAAGACAAAAAAAAAACCCUAAAAAAUGGAUCUAGAGAAACUGAAAUUAAAUUUCAGUGUUUGUUCAAAAGGUACAAUAUUGUUUUGAUAGAUAAUUUGCAUGUUGAACUUUUAUUAGACUUCGAAAAUUUGUGAACUUGUAUUACACUAUGGUGUACAAUUGCAGCAAAAAAAAAAAAAAAAAAAAAACACAAAAAGGCAUUAUUGUUAUUAUGUUGGGAUUUAAUUUUAUUAAAAAAAAGAGAAUUAACGCUCAUCGCGAGCUGUAUGUUUAAUAUAUUUGGAGUGGAUAAAAAAAACAUCUUUAUAAAUAUUUUGGUUUAAUUUGUAAAUACUUUUACAGGCUCCUUGACCGUUAUGAUUUACAGAUGAAACUUUGGAAAAGUCAGCAAUAACUCAGGCAGCUAUUGAAUGUCACAGAAGCUGUUUAGCCUCAGACCCUCUGGUGGCUGUUCCCGGGGAGCAGUGAGCAGUUUUGGCGCCCGUUCUCAUUGGCUGGUCCCUUGUUGUCCAGCUUCUCCACCCCAGAAAGACGGGGGACAUUCUGGGUGGAGUCAUCGCACCUCACCACAUAGGAAAGUUCCUUAAAAAAAAAAAAAA